AUGAGACUGACAUUGAUUCAACAGUUUAUGGCUGAUUUACCGGCAUCGAGAGUUACGGCGGCGAGACCAUUUUCGACUACAGGCGUCGAUUAUUUUGGGCCGGUGUACGUAAGACCAGGAUAUCGGCGGACUGCAGUAAAGACAUACGUAUCGGUGUUUGACUGCUUCAUGAUGAAGGCGACACACCUAGUAUUGGUCACUGAUCUUCCGACGGCACGGUUUAUUCAGGCUUUGCGGAGAUUCACGUCACGUCGGGGAAAAUGUAUUACAUUGUGGUCCGAUAAUGGCAGUAACUUCGUUGGAGCUAAAAACCAGAUGCGAGAGCUGCUGAAAAUCCUGAACACCAAAGAACAUCACCAAAAGGUUGCCAAGGAGUGUGCGGACAAUGGAAUGCAGUGGAUGUUCAUACCCCCUGGAGCUCCCCAUUUUGGUGGCCUCUGGAAAGCUGCUGUGCGAUCGGCGAAAAAACAUCUUUUGAAGGUGCUAGCGCCAGUCUCCUACGAGGAUAUGACGACUCUUGUAACACAAGUUGAGUGCUGCCUUAACUCGUGGCCUCUGACUCAGCUUUCGGAUGAUCCUGAUGACUUGCGGCCACUCCCACCAGAUCAUUUCCUGGUUGGUUCUGCUCUCCAAUCUAUACCAUCAGCAGACUACACCGACUCAGCUCACGGGAGACUAAAGACGUGGGAAGCUGUACAGAAGAGGUUGCAAGACUUUUGGCGGCGGUGA